AUGCCAUCCACAACCAUCUCAAAAAGCACUCUCCUCUCCCUCCCCGCCGAACUCCGCACCCAAAUUCUGGAAUAUGUCUUCACCUCCAACCUCGCCCACAACGGCCUCAUCUCCCACUCCACCCCAGGAGGCCUAUGUCUCGACGACGAAUACACCGCCCAAACCCACCUCUCCCCCCUCCUCGUCUGCCGCCAACUCUAUCUUGACGGCCACCACCUCGCCUUCACCAAAACGCACUUCCUCAUGACGAACUUAUUCUCGAGCGUCCCUGAACGAAGCGCCAGGCUCUUGCGCCCAAAAACCAUAAAAGCGAUCCGCCACCUAACCUUCGUCGCCGACGCGCGGCACUUCCGCGCCCUCUCAACCUGGGGCCCCUACCCCUUCUCCAUGCCCUCCCUGCACCUCGAAACCCUAACGAUCGCGCUAUACCGCUCGACGUUCUGUCACUAUCUCUUUGAUUUCACGGCGGGGAUUGUGCGGCUUUUAAGGGAGUUGCGAAAUGUUAGGAGGGUGGUGGUUGUGCGGAAUGGGGCGUUGGUGAAGGGUGGGUUGAGGGCGUGGUUUAAUCGGUUGGUGGGGUUGGUUUUGAAGGUGGAUCAUCGGGAACGGUAUAUGGGUGAGGGGGGGAUGCCGAGGUGCGAGGGGGUUUGGUGGGGGUGGGGGUUUGAUGAGGUUGAGCAGAGGUUUUGGUUGGAGGCGAGGGAGCCUAAGCCGUUGUUGGAUGAAGAGACGUAUUUGCGGGGGAUGUUGCCUUUAAUGGACGAGUUAAGGGUUAGUGUUGAGAGUGAAGAGUGGAAUCCGGAUCCGAGGAGUAGGAGGCAUUAUUAUUGA